AUGUCACAAAGAAGAAAACAACAUAAACAUAAUGAAAUAGAUAGAUUUAAAUUAUUACAAAAUAAAACAAUUAUUCAAAGAAAUCUUGUUUAUGUAACAAAUAUUGCUUAUAAUAUUGUUGAAGGAUUAACACUUCAAGAAAUUUCAGAACGAUUAAGUCGAUUUGAAUUCUUUGGACAAUACGGAGAAAUUAUUAAAAUUAUUCCAAAUAUUAAAACAUUACAUAAUCUUCAAUCAACUACUGGACCAUCAUUUUCAGCUUAUAUUACUUUUAAAACUGCUGAAAGUUCUAUACAAUGUAUAAGAUCAACUAAUGGAGGAUGGUUAGCUGGUAAAGUUUUAAAUUCUUCAUUAGGAACAACAAAAUAUUGUUCACAUUUCUUAAGAGGAAAACAAUGUAUUAAUCCUGAUUGUACAUAUUUACAUCAAUUAGUGUCAGAAAAAGAUUAUAUUACUAAAGAAGAAUUAAGUGCAGGAAAAAAUAGAAUUGAUGAUAAUAUUUCACAACAUAUUUCUAUCGACUCUGAAGGUAAUAAUUAUCUUCCACCAAUAUUUACUAUUGAACCAAUAGAAAUAGAUUUAGACACUUUUCAAACAGACAAUCCUGUAUUAAUCAAAAUGGUUAAUAGAUUUAAAAGAAUAUUUGUUCGUGAUUCAAAUCCUCAUUUACCUGUCCAUUCUUCAUUAUCUCCAUUACGUGCUUUUAGAUAUGACCAAAGUGAUUCUACAGUAAUUAAAUCACCAAAUUAUAUAUUUUUCUUAUAUAACACACGCACUACAAUUGAUCCUGAAGUUCAAAUACCAAAAGAAUGGACAGAUUGUAAUAAAAUAACUAAAAAAGUUAAUACUCAUCAUGAAGAAAUCAAAAAUGAUAUGAAUGAAAGUAAUGAGGAAAUAGAAGAAAGUACAGAAGAAAGUGGUAAUCAAACAAAAGAAGAUACAUGUAAAGAAGAAACAACUACUACAUUAGAUGAUACUUCUGAUAGUGAACAAGUUAUUAUUAAAGAUGAAUAUAGUGAAAGUGGAAGUCCAUUUUAUGGAGAGGCUGAUAAACCAUUUAUUUGUAAAGACUAUUUACAUACAUUUGAAAUAUUAAAUGCAUAUAAAGGAGAUGUUGAGUCAUUAAUAUCAUAUUCUAAGAGAAAUGAAUUAAUAAGAGACAAUAGAAGUUCAUUUGAUCUUACUAACUUUCAGUAUAUUAAAUUAUUAAUUGAUAAAAUUAUUACUUCUGAUGAACUAGAAGCACAAGAAGAAAAAGAGCAACUUGAAGAAAAGGAAGCAGAAGAAGAAAUAGAAACACCGCCAAUUCAAGAAGAUGCUGAUGAAUGGGUAACUGUUGGAAAAGGAGUUUCAUGGAAAAAAAUCAAACAAAAUAAGAAACCAAAAGCAAAUGAAAUUUUUAUAGUAGAAGAAGAUAAUGAAGUAGAAGAAAGUGAUGAAGAACCAGAAAACAAAGAGACUAAAGAAAAAGAAGUUAAAGAAGAAAAUAAAAAGGGAAAAGAAAUAAGUGGUAAUACCGAAGAAGAAAAGAAGGAAAAUAAAAAGGUUUUAUCUAAAAGAGAAAUUGAAAAGAAGAAAAUGAAAGAAAUGGAAGAACGAAGAAGAGAAAUGGAACUUGAACGACAAAAGAAAGAAGAAGAGGAAUUAAGAAAACUUGAAGAAGAACAAAUGAAAGAAGGAGAGGAGAGUGACAAUGAAAGUAGUGAAAAAACUAAAACAAAAGAAAAUGAUGAAACGAAUAAAAGAAAUGAAUCAGAAAGAAGUCAUUCAUCAAGUAAAAAGAAAAAUAAUUCAAAAGGAAAAAAGAAAGGUUCAAAGAAGAAAGGUGGAAGUAAAAAACAAAAUGUUUCACCUUCUAUUAAUGAACCUAAAAAAUCAGAUGUUUUAGAACCAUCAUCUAAACCACCCUCUCGUCCUAUUCCUAAUAAUAAAAGAAGAGUAAUUAUUGAUCCAUUAGAACAACUAGAAAAUAAUGUAAAAGACUUACACAAACUAUAUUUAAUGCUUGUAGAAAAAGCUAAUAUUCAACUCCAAGUAUUAAAUGAACGAAAAAUAGAAGUUCAACCAAUAGUAUGUCAAUAUCCAGAUUCAUAUUUUAUGGUUGAUCAUUGA